GUUGAUAGCUAAUUUCUCUCAAUUAGAAUGGCUUUCCGGCAUUCUUCUUUUCCUGCUCCCAGUGUUCACGUACCUUCUUCUAAAGAAGAAGAAGAAAAUGGGAGGUAUUAAGCUUCCUCCGAGCCCUCCAAAACUACCUAUCAUUGGAAACUUGCAUCUAUUGGGGAACUUCCCUCACCGCUCCCUUGAAAAAUUGUCCAAAAAACAUGGCCCCGUCAUGUUAUUGCAGCUAGGUAGCAUACCUACUGUGAUUGUUUCAUCAGCCAAAACCGCUAAACAAGUCCUCAAAACUCAUGACAUUGAUUGUUGCACCCGCCCUGCCUCCCCUGGGCCAAACAGAUUUUCCUACAAUGGUCUAGACGUGGUGUUCGCAUCAUAUGGUGAUUAUUGGAAGGAGAUGCGCAAAUGUUUCGUUUCCGAGCUCUUAAGCAUGAGGAGGGGAAGAUCUUUUGCAGAUGCGAGGGAAGCUGAGGUUGAUAAAUUGAUCACCUCUCUAUCUCAGGCUUCUCCAAAGCCGUUCAACCUCGAUGAAAAAAUAUUUGCUCUCGCAGAUGGUAUCAUUGGUACGGUUGCUUUCGGUAAGAUAUAUGGAAAAGACGAAUUCCAGAAUCAAGUAUUUCAAAAUGUUCUUGGUGAAGCCAUGAACAUGUUGGCUAGCUUCUCAGCAGAGGAUUUUUUCCCAAGGAUAGGCAGGUUUAUAGAUGCUUUGACAGGAUUUCAUGCUAGGCUUGAGAAGAGCUUUUACGAGCUUGAUGCUUUCUUGCAAAUGGUGCUUGACCAACAUCUUGAUCCUGCAAGGCCUAGACCAGAACAUGAGGAUCUUGUUGAUUUCUUGAUUAGAUUAUUUAAAGAUCAAAGCAGCACUUUCAAGGUCAGGGAGAACAAUGUUAAGGCAAUGCUCUUUGAUACAUUUGUUGGCGGUAUAGUCACUACUUCUGUUACAAUUUUAUGGGCAAUGUCAGAGCUGAUCAAGAACCCAAGAGUGAUGAACAAGGUGCAAGCUGAAAUAAGAAAUUGCAUUGGAAGGAAAGCAAAAGUAGAAGGAGAAGACGUUGCAAAACUGAAGUACCUAAAAAUGGUUGUUAAAGAGACCUUCAGAUUACACCCACCACUCACUAUGUUACUCCCCCGAGAGGCAAUGCGCCAUUUCAAGAUUGGUGACUAUGAUAUACUUCCUAAAACAAGAAUUUUGGUUAAUGUUUGGGCUAUUGGCAGAGACCCCAACAAUUGGGAAAACCCCGAUGAGUUUUACCCUGAAAGAUUUGAGGAAAAUGAUAUCGACUUCAAAGGGUCAGAUUUUGAUUUGCUACCUUUCGGGGCUGGUCGUCGGAUUUGCCCUGGAUUGGCAAUGGGAGCCACGAAUGUUGAGUUCACGUUGGCUAACUUACUGCACUGUUUCGAUUGGGAGUUGCCCAGUGGGAUGAAGAGAGAGGAUAUCAGCAUGGAAGAAGAAGGUCGACUUACUUAUCAGAGGAAGAUACCCCUCUGUCUUGUGCCAAUAAGAAACAAUGGCCAAAACUUGAAUUCAGUUUGAACAGAGCGGAGAGAACUACCAAAACUAUACAUAUAUAUAUAUAUAUAUAUAUAUAUAUGUAUAGCAUAGAAUUGUAUUACUAGUAAGUGACAUUUGCCUUGUGAAAAUCUCCUGCUUUUCUCAGAGAAAUAAACAUUAAUGGUAGUUUCUCUCUUCGUU